GUGUUUCCCCAGUUGGCACCGCCCUUCUAGGAAGAAAUUGAUAAAGUUCAGGAUGGACCAGCCCUCCACAGCAAGAUGCGUUCUGCAGUCAAUCCUCUCCACCGGCCACAGCGCAUUUCUCCCUCUUUUGCGCAAAGGUUUCCAGAAGGACUAUAGGGUGAAGUAGAUGGAUCUUCAAUCAGUUUUUUCUUCAAACACUGGAAGUAACGUCAAGCAGACCUAAAGAUGUGCAAGGCGCACUCCGACUGAGACAAGGGUGUGUGAGUGCGUGUGUGUGUGCGUGUGUGUUGGGAACGAGGGGAGCGCAGAGGAGGCGCGAUUGGGUUCAUCAUCAAAUCUCCACAGUUUUGAGGCGCACGGGAGGACGACGUUGACGGGUCACCGGACAGAGACGUUCAUAGUUCAAACAUGGCCGGUUGUUGUUCAUCGAAUGAGGAUAAGGCGAAAAAGAGAAUCAAUGAGGAGAUUGAACGACAGCUGCGGAGAGACAAGAAGGAUUCCCGCAGGGAACUGAAACUGCUGCUGUUAGGCACAGGAGAGAGCGGCAAGAGCACCUUCAUCAAGCAGAUGAGGAUCAUCCAUGGAGGGGGCUUCUCCGAGGAUGACAAGAAGAGCUACGCUAAGCUGGUCUUCCAGAACAUCUUCACCUCCAUGCAGGCCAUGGUCCGCGCCAUGGAGCCGCUUGUCAUAGCCUUCACCGAGGGGGACAGCCAGGCAUAUGCCGACUCCGUGCUGGAGGUGGAGGUGGACAAGGUGGAGGAGUUCGACCAGACUCUCUCAGUGGCCAUCAAGAGCCUGUGGAAGGAUGGUGGGGUGCGGGGGUGCUACGACCGGCGCAGAGAAUACCAGCUCUCUGACUCCACCAAAUAUUAUCUUGACGAGCUGGAUCGCAUUGCAGACCCCUCAUAUAUACCAGACCUGCAGGACAUCGUCAGAGUGAGAGUGCCCACAACUGGUAUAAUAGAAUACCCCUUUGACAUGGAGAACGUCAUCUUCAGGAUGGUGGAUGUGGGAGGUCAGAGAUCAGAGAGGAGGAAGUGGAUCCACUGCUUUGAGAACGUCACCUCCAUCAUCUUCCUGGUGGCGCUCAGCGAGUACGACCAGGUCCUGGCAGAGUGCGACAAUGAGAACCGCAUGGAGGAGAGCAAGGCCUUGUUCAAGACCAUCAUCACCUACCCCUGGUUCCAGAAAUCCUCAGUCAUCCUCUUCCUCAACAAGACCGACAUCCUCACUGAGAAGAUACAGUACUCUCAUGUCGCUAACUACUUCCCUGAGUUCACAGGACCUCAGCAGGACCUGAAGGCGGCCCAGGAGUUCAUCCUGAAGAUGUACAUGGACGAGAACCCCGACAAGGAGAAGACGGUGUACUCCCACUUCACCUGCGCCACCGACACGGAGAACAUCCGCUUUGUGUUCGUGGUGGUUAAGGACACCAUCCUGAGACACAACCUGAAGGAGUUCAACCUGGUGUGAGGGUCCCUCAGAGGAGGCUAGGUCGGGACAGAAAGGACAGGAGAUGACAAGUCGAAUAGUCACAGUCGCAUUGUUGUUGUCGGAGGAGGAAUAGUCUUUUCGUUAUAAUAUGCAAUCUCUUCACAAUAAUACUUGACACUGUCAAGACUGCAUUUUUUGGGUAGAAGAAAUGCAUUUUCUUCUUGUUUUUAGAAUCAGAACGAAAUAUGAAUAAUCCUUGUAGGGAUCUACCGUAAGGAAUAAUUAACUUAUUAAUCGUCUGUGUGGACUAAAUAUCUACUUAAGUUAUGAUAAUUAAAAUGAAGGCCUGCCGUAGGAAGGUUCAAGCCAAUAGUGAAGAUGGUUUUGGAGUAGCUGAAUGCACUGCGCUGCAUUUUAUAAUAUGCAUAAAACAUGUUACAUUUCUAUCUACAAAUAAUGUAUAAAAAUAAUUUAUAAAAAUGUGAAACUCUGAAAUACUUUGCUCUGUCGCGAGUUACUCUGUUUUCCCCCCCAAGUGCCUUGUUUAUUCAAAACACACCUCCAUUUGAUUCUGUCCUUCUUAGACUCUACCAAGUUUAGCUACGACUACUCUUACGCCUCUUAAGGAUAGUUAUUUUUAUUUGGGAGGGUUUGUAAACUUUCCUGUUGUUCCUGUUAAAAGUAACUUGAUUAUAGACAUGAUAGUUUUUAAUAAAAAUAGUUGUUGUAAUGAAAAGCUGCAGUCUUUGUUUUGUUUCAAGGUGUAAACAGGUAAACAAACAUGCAUGAACAAAAAGCAGGAUUUACUUUAAACCCAUUUAUUAUUUUCAAAUGACAAAAUUCUUCAUUCAAUGCUAUAUUCUACAUUUAUGCAAUUGUUUCCCUUAAAGUUGAAUGACAAAGACAUAUUUAGACUUUGAUUUAGUGACACUAACACCAAAAGACCGAACCAAACUAUUAAAACAAGCCAGUGCAUAUAGCAGCCAAGGAAGAUAAUUGCAUUAGUUAUUCUGAAUAAUCUGUUACAGAUCCUCUUUAAAGAAUUCUAGAAUUGUGGUAUAAAACAUAAAAAUCACAAUAUUAGAAUAAGCAUUUCUGUUGGAUUUGUACACACAUUGCAUUAUCCUAGAUAAAUAUACACGGUUGAUAAAAUAUAUAAAAAAAUAACAUGCAUCUGUUAACAGACAGCGCAGCGAUGUUUGGCAAUGAGUGCUUUCUUUUUUAAUUAGAAUGACAAGUUUCUUUUACGAUAAUGUGUGCAAGAUCUACUAACAUACAGCGUUAAACCUGCAUGUGUUCAAGUUCAAUUAUCCCAAAACCCAUUCAUCAAUCGCUAAACAUUUUGUUUGUGCAUUCCACUCUAACUUUUCCAAUGAACAAUCAAAUAAAUGUGUUACUUGAACCAG